CGUGUGCGUGCGUUCCGUUCCGUUCCAGCACGGUUCGAGUAGGGAGGAAGGGAGGGAGGGGAGACUUGACGCAUCGGAGUGAGCGAGCAGCACACUGAGGCUUCACUUUCCAAUAUGCAGCCCGCGAGACGCCACGCCGUCAGCUACUUGUGCUACUGACACUCAGAGACAGAGAGAGAGAGAGAGAGAGAGAGAGGGGCAGGGAUGGAGACACAGUAGUGCCGCACAGAUGAGAGCAGCGCAGCGCAGCUUAUGAAUGUAGUGAUACACAAAAGAAGGGAGCAGCGUCUUUUGCGCACAAGUCAGACGGAGAGGCUAUUUUUGGCCGGGAGCGUCGCCGCGACUCGACAGUGAUGUCUGUGUGCACACUUUUGUUUAGUAACAAAAUACGGAUUAAUCUGUGGCCGUGAAUUCUUUGGACAUAUUACUUCUGCGAGGAAAGAUUGGAAAACCAGAAAGGUGCAAAUCGGAUUCCAUACAUUUGUGAUUGGAUGUGAGACUACUUUGACCCUACAAAAUUGAAGAUGAUGUUGCUAUGGAAACUGCUGCUGCUGCAGUCACUUAUGGGGUGCCUUGCAGAGAGCAGUGUCCUACAGAGCCCUGUCUUUACCAAGCAGCCUGGCAGCAUUGUGUAUCCUGUGGAGACUGUGGAGAAAAACCGGGAGGUGGUGUUCAGCUGUGAGGCCCAGGGAAGCCCACCUCCCAUGUACCGGUGGAAACUGAAUGGCACGGAAAUAAAUCCCAAAUCUGGAUAUCACUACAGCCUUUCAGGAGGCAACCUCAGAAUCAGCCAUCUGAACAAAGACCAAGAUGCUGGAACGUAUCAGUGCCUCGCCUCCAACUCUUUCGGGACCAUCGUUAGCCGAGAGGCCAGUCUAACCUUUGCGUACUUGGAAAACUUCAAGACUCAGAAAAGAAGCUCCGUAUCAGUACGUGAAGGUCAAGGAGUGGUUCUGCUCUGCGGCCCUCCACCUCAUUCUGGAGAUCUGAUAUUUUCCUGGAUCUUCAAUGAGUAUCCGACAUUUGUGAAGCAGGAUACUCGUCGCUUCAUCUCUCAGGAGACAGGGAAUCUGUACAUCGCCAAAGUGGAGCCCUCAGAUGUCGGCAACUACACUUGUGUGGUGACCAACACCGUCACCAAGACCCGUGUCCAGGGCCCACCCACUCCGCUUGUGCUCCGCAGUGAUGGUGUUAUGGGUGAAUAUGAGCCAAAGAUUGAAGUUCAGUUUCCAGAGGUUGUUCAUGUUGCCAAAGGAUCCACUGUAAAACUGGAAUGCUUCGCUCUGGGAAACCCAGCACCUUCUAUAAGUUGGAGGAGAGUUGACAACGUCCCAUUUCCUAGGAAAGUGGACAUGAGAAAAGCCAGUGGUGUCUUGGAAAUCCCAUAUUUCCAGCAGGAGGAUGCCGGCACGUACGAGUGUGUGGCUGAAAACUCCAGGGGAAUGAACACAGUGAAAGGAAAGCUCUCUUUCUACGCUCCUCCUCAUCUCAUUGAGAAACCCCAAGAUGUCCAGAAGCUCAUCGAUGACUCGCUGGUUUGGGAGUGCAAAGCCACCGGGAAGCCCAAGCCUUCAUACAGGUGGAUGAAAAAUGGAGAAAACCUGGAGUCUACAGAGGAGCGCAUACAGGUCGCCAACGGGGUGUUGUCAAUCAGUCGCCUGACCCUGACUGACACGGGAAUGUACCAGUGUGUGGCUGGCAAUAAGCACGGUGAGGUCUACUCCAACGCAGAGCUCCGAGUUAUAGCUGUUGCCCCAGAUUUUUCUCACAAUCAACUGAGGAGCCAGACGCUGGUGAAGGUAGGAGGAGAUGUGCUCAUCGAGUGCAAGCCCAAGAUGUCUCCUUGGGGUGUGAUCUCUUGGCGGAAGGGCAGCGAACCGCUCCGAGAGACUAACAGAAUCUCCAUUCUGGACAACGGCAAUCUUCGUAUAUGGAAUGCGACCAAAUCUGAUGCAGGACUCUACACGUGUGUGGCAAGAAACCAGUUUGGUGUGGCAAGCAGCACAGGGAGCAUCAUUGUUAAAGAGCCGACCAUCAUCACCACCCUGCCCUCCACGCUGGACGUCACCGUCGGGGAGAGCGUGGUUCUGCCCUGCCAAGUGAGCCAUGACCCAUCUCUGGAACUCAAGUUCACCUGGUUCUUCAACGAGCAGCUCAUCCACUUCGGCAGCCACGGUGGAUUCUUUGAAAAAGUGGGAGGUCAGCAUUCAGCAGGAGACAUUAUGAUUCGGAACGUCCAGCUGAGGCACGCGGGGAAGUACACGUGCGCCGUGCAGACCAAGGUGGACAGCAUUUCUGUUGCUGUUGACUUAGUCGUCAGAGGUCCCCCGGGUCCCCCCACCAGCAUCCAUGUAGAAGAAAUCACUGAUACCACAGCCUCUCUGUCCUGGAGGCCCGGUCCUGAUAAUCACAGUCCAAUUACGGCAUACACCAUCCAAGCCAGGACACCAUUUUCCCUCGGGUGGCAAGCUGUCACCACAGUUCCUGAGGUGGUAAGGGGCAACCGGCUGACAGCUACAGUAAUAGACCUGAGCCCUUGGGUGGAGUAUGAGUUUCGAGUCCUCGCGAGCAACUCCAUCGGGACCGGCGAGCCCAGCAAGCCAUCCAAACAAGCAAGGACAAAAGGCACAUCUCCGAAGGUCACACCAGCUAAUGUGAGCGGAGGCGGUGGCAGUCGCUCCGAAUUAGUCAUCACAUGGGAGCCUGUUCCAGAAGAGCUGCAGAAUGGACCUGGGUUUGGCUAUGUCGUGGCUUUUCGACCCCACGGAGCCACAGGCUGGAUGCAGGCGGCCGUGCCCUCCGCUGAAGCAUCCAGAUACAUCUUUAAAAAUGAGAGCAUUCAGCCUUUCUCGCCUUUCCAAGUCAAGGUUGGAGUUUACAACAACCUGGGGGAAGGGCCAUUUGGACCUGUUAUCACUAUCUACUCUGCUGAGGAGGAGCCUGGGCGAGCGCCCACCAGGGUCCGCGCCAAGAGCCUCUCUGCAUCUGAGAUUGAAGUUUCAUGGAAAGCUCUGCCCUGGAACACCAGCAAGAAGAGAGUGCUGGGCUACGAGCUGAGGUACUGGAGUAGAAGUGAAAGGGAAGACAUGGCCAGCGUGCAAAGGACCGUAGGAAAUCAAACGUCUAGUAUUAUCCACGGGGUGAAAGGCAGCACCGCAUAUUACAUCUCAGUGAGGGCGUAUAACACUGCUGGAACAGGGCCUCCCAGCGCCACCGUCAACGUUACCACCAAAAAGCCACCACCCAGUCAGCCACCGGGUAAAGUGAUGUGGAACACAUCGAACUCCAAGAUUAUACUGAACUGGGAGCGGGUCAAAGCCCUGGAGAAUGAGUCAGAGGUCACUGGUUACAAAGUGCUCUACAAGAAGAAUCGACACAGUCGCCCCAACGUCGUGGAAACAAAUACCACCUCUAUAGAGCUGGCUCUUCCCACCGAUGAGGACUAUAUUAUCCAGAUAAAGCCAUUUGGAGAGGGAGGGGAAGGCAGCAGUAGCAGGCAGAUCACCAUCCCAAGGAUACCAGGCCCCAACGCAGUCGGCUCAGCGUCCAAGGUCUCCACUCUAUCAGCCCUCAGCACAAUAGCCCUGUCUUUCACAGCGCGGACAUCUUUAUGACAAACGUCUCGCAGCAGACAUUGCAUCUGAUGUGGAGUCAGCUCUCCAGCGGAACGCAAACAAAGCCCGCUCCGGUGUAACUACAUCCAUUCAUUUAGAUUUUAGAAGCAGAAGGGAAACACCGAAGGAAAAAAAGAAAAAAACGGUUAAAAAAAAAACGCCAUUGAGAAAACAGGGAAGGGGUCCCCUUCAGCACCCAGGCUAAGUAAAGGAGAUUGACCGAUGUCGUGACUAUGUUGUUACCAAAGCAGCUUUCAUAAGAAAAAAAAAAAAGAAAUAAUGAGAAAAAAUGUCUUAUAUGCAUCUUUUUGUAUGACAUGUUGAGCUUUUAUAGAUUUUCUUUUCUUAAAUAAAUUUAAAGUCUGUCUGGGCUUAUUGGGUGAGAACAAUUAACUGCAUGGCAAACAACAUCAUCAAAUUUUCCAGUCUGGAGAUUAAGAAUGUGAUUUGACAGAUCACCCUUUGUCUUCUAAAAUAAGAUACUACUUGUGACUUUGGUUCCAGCAGAAACAAAGUGAGGGGUAUUUUUUUUUCUUCUUCAUGUGAAUGAACUGUUAUCGCUCGCAUUUCAGUUUCUGCACUAUUAUAAAAAAAAAAAAAAUGCUUCUCUCAAAGGACUGCAUCGACAGCUUGGGUUUGUUGCUAUUGGUCAUCUUACCCAAAUUGUGAAGAGAGAACUAACAUUAGACUCCACAUGUUAAUGCUUUAUCAUAGUAGUAAAGUGACUUUGGGGUUGUUCUGGUAUAUCAGAUAAUGCUGAAAGGUACUAAGCUUGGAAAUUUUGUGAAAAUAGUCGCAUGAACUGUGAACAUUGAAAGCGUUAUGAGUCGCAAUUAUUCCUCCUGUCCAAGGAUCGCAGAGCUUCACUGGAGCUUCGUGUUAGCUUAAUCCACGCUUGUGAUUUUGUGCCGGGUUCAGACCACACAAUAUUUUUGCUAAACAUGCUCAUGUAAUGUCACAUUACAAGACUGCAAAGUCAGAAGUUCUAGUAAAAGACUGUAUGUUGGUGGCAACCAAACAGAAGUUGCCCAUUGGAAAACAGAAUAUAAACAAACAGUAUCAUCAUAUGUUUGUGAUAUUUGUCUUUAAAAAACAAAGAAACCCUCUGAGUAGUAUGGGUUACAGUAUGUUAAUUAUCUUUUCACAAGCCAAGACGAUUGAGUUUAUAUAAGAUGGAUGUCGCCACAGUGAUGUCACCCAUUGGUUUUGUACUCUGCAUUUUAAAGCCUCAACUUUAUAUUGUUUUUUCUGAACCAGAACACAUUUGGAUUAGAGGGCCAAAUUAUGAGUGAAGGCCAACAAGCUUGAUUAGCAAGCAAAUCUAAAGUAUACGACUAUAGCACCUCAAAAACUGUCCAAAACUGAAGCAUAAGCUUCUUGAAAGGACUGUACCUCACAGCAAGCCGUAUCUUUUUUUCAGAUAAUUCCAUUAGAAAAAUCCAAAAGGCACCAACAUCUCAAACAUGGUUGAGAGGUCCAGUUCAGUGACUGAAUUAGUGGAGGUGAAGGCUAACAGACCACUGACAAGGCCUAACUUUAAGGCUUAAAAAUCCAGGCAUGUAAGUUAUGAAAAUAAGUGUAGUUUUUAUAAAAGGGUAAGUAGUGUACAGAGCACCAACCAUUUCUUUUCAAGCUAGUUGGACAUUUUAACACAGAAGUCUAUGGGAAUUUACUCUCUUUUGGAACCAGCUUCAAGUGGCUGUUGGAGGAAUUGCACGUUGGUUUUAAGCUUCCCAAGAUGCAGCAACACUUUUUGUCAGCUCCAGUGGGCUUAAAAGCAUGCUUUGUAACCAUGCUUGAUCCCUAUGUGCUGCAUCUUUCUGGUCAGGCUACUUUAGAGCUAAUAUCCUGUAGUCUUAACCUAGCACUAACUAAAUGACCUAUUGUUCAGAGUUGUUCUUUUUUUAUACCAGUUCGCCUGUUCGUAUCUCCUUGCUGUGCUGCAGCAGGUUUACUGCUGUGAGAUCACUCGGACAAUAAACUAGAACAGUAAUACCUGGACUUUGCUAACCUAAGAAUGCUGAAGCAUCAUAUAUGUUUCUGCUAAACUGCAGAUCACAUCUACAGUCUAGGACUGUCAUUGCACUCAGAUUAUUUUCACAGCCAGUAUGGACAGAGGGAAUGAUCAUAGCCAGCAAUAACUGUUUAUGUGUAUAUCAAGAGUCUAAAUCCAUCAUUGUCAAUGCUAAAGCAUUAGCAUAUUAGCAUGCCACGUUUUUUGGUGCCAGUACCUUGUGGGGUAAGGUCACCCAACAGCUCCCAAAAUGUCGAUGAAGUACUUAAAGCCAUCCGCGUGAUAACUACCAAAUUUGUACCCAGAAGUAACACCAAGCUGUUGUUGAGAGCUUCUCCCUGGGCUCCUUUAUCUUGGCCAUUGAACAGCAAUGGUAACCAGACCCUUGUGGCUGUCUCAUGCUCCUCAUUCUUUCAGUUAGCCCUGUGUCUAGAGCUAUUCUUUGCCUUCUGUGUGCCUCAUCAUAUGUUCAAAAUCCUCAGGUCCUUAAAGAGCCUUAACUUAUUAUAUGUAUAUCAAAAACAUUAGAAGCGUAGAACUAUGAAGCAGCCGUGGUGAUGUUUACAUGCAGCUUUGUGGAUAGAUACUGUAUGUAGAGGUGGGCCGGCAUCCUUUUCUGAUGUUACGGAGGUGAGUCUGAAUGGCAUUCUGCUGUUUCGCAUGGGAUAUUGGCAAUAUAUGAGGCCUGGUGCAUUUUUAUAGGUGUGUAUUCUUAAUAAAAAAAGACAAUGCUGCUGAUCUUUUCCUUUUCCCAUAGUCUCCUGAUGCCAUGUGGGGCUGCUGUGCUACGCAGAGUACAGUGCAGUCUGUAUGUAGCUUGUAAUCCAGUUAAGUAGUUUGUAGUACUUUGAAGGGAAGUGUACUGUAGGCUACUGGGUCUUGCUCAGAAUCAUGCAUUGAGAAAUGUGUAAUAUACUGUUUUGUACACUUCAAAUCAUUUAUAUAAAAGAACCUUUCUAAAGAGAUGAUUUACUUGGUUUUUAUGUAUCGACUCUGUUUCAUACUGUAGCUAACUGUUGCUCAGCAUGACUGUAAUUUGUCCUCUCUUAUGUCCAUUUGCAAACCGGCUGAAUGGCUUAAGGACCAUACAAGGUUCAUGCAUCUGAUAAGUUUGUGUAUACUGUGUGUACCAUGAAAACUGAACCAUGAUUAGCCCAAUGUCUAUGCUUCUGUCUCAGUCAGCCCCUCUGAGAUGUAGUGGGUCUUCUGUUCAUAUACGCGCUACAGGAGGGUUUCUUCUGUUGCUGUUUGUUGUUUAUACUGUGUUAAUAAAGAUUAUCGAU